AACCCUUAAAGACUCAGCGUCCUCACUGUUACAUCGUUCGGUGUCCACCCCUUUGAGACUCAGGGUCUUUGCUGACACACCGCCUAGUGUCCACCCCUUUCAGGGCUCAACAUCAUUGCUGGCACACCGCCCAGUGUCCACUCUUAAAGACUCAGUGUCUUCGCUGACACACUGCCCAGUGUCUACCCCUUUCAGGGCUCAACAUCAAUGUUGGCACACUGCCCAGUGUCCAACCCUUAAAGACUCGUCCUCGUUGGCACACCAUUCGAUGUCCACCCCUUUGAGACUCAGCAUCUUUUCUGACAUACCGCCCAGUGUCCACCCCUUUGAGACUCAGGGUUUUCGCUGACACACUGCCUAGUGUCCACCCCUUUCAGGGCUCAACAUCAUUGUUGGCACACCGCCCAGUGUCCACUCUUAAAGACUCAGUGUCUUCGCUGACACACCGCCCAGUGUCUACCCCUUUCAGGGCUCAACAUCAAUGUUGGCACACUGCCCAGUGUCCAACCCUUAAAGACUCGUCCUCAUUAGCACACCGUUCGAUGUCCACCCCUUUGAGACUCAGCAUCUUUUCUGACAUACCGCCCAGUGUCCACCCCUUUCAGGGCUCAGCAUCAUUGUUGGCACACCGCCCAGUGUCCAACCCUUAAAGACUCCGCGUCUUCGCUGGUACACCAUUUGGUGUCCACCCCUUUGAUUUGUUGACACACCACCCCGUGUCCACCUCUUUCAGGGCUCAGCAUCAUUACUGGCACAUCGCCUAAUGUCCAACCCUUAAAGACUCAGUGUCCUCACUGGCACAUCGUUCGGUGUCCAUUCCUUUGAGACUCAGCGUCUUCGCUGACACACCGACCUGUGUCUACCCCUUUCGGGGCUCAGCAUUUAUAGAACUUUCCCCACAAUUUGUACCUUUGAUAAUAUUGAGUGGGCUCCUUGGGGCCCAAGUACAUUAACAACAAAGCUUGACUUUGUCCAUUUCCAUACAAAAAAGUCAACAGUCACGACAAAGAAAAAUCACCAAUCGCCAUUACAAUAACAUUCAAACCUUGCGGUGGUAACCUAUUCCCUUCAACCACUCUCUCUCCUUGGCCGCCGGAUUUUCCAAUUUCAACGCCUUUUCUCUCUCUCUCCCCCUCUCUCUCCUCCUCAAAUCCGCCAUGGAUUUCCUCUCCCGAAAGCUCCUCUCCGACGACGACGACGACGACCUCAAGAAACUCUGCCUUAAAACCUGCCCCGAUUACUCUCCCGAUUCUUGCCCUUCCGAUUGCCUCGAAAAAUGCCCAAACCUUUGUUCCCGUGGCUCGAUUUCAAUCCCGCCGCCCUAUUACGACAAAUCGCCUCACAAACUCUCCAAUUGGGUCACAGCCACCAUCGCCUUUCUCUCUUUCACCUUUCUCCUCGUCCUCUGUUACACCAUCUACGUCCGUUUCUACUCCGGCCGCCGCAGACGCCACCAACGCCCUGACCCCCCACCGCCCACCACCCACCAAGAGGAGUUUCUCGAUGAAGAACAUGGCCCUGUUUUGGAUCACCCCAUCUGGUAUAUCCGUACCAUCGGCCUCCCGCCGGCUGUCAUCAACGCCAUCGCUAUCUGCAAAUUCAAAACCGGCGAGGGUUUGAUCGACGGAACAGAGUGCUCUGUUUGUUUAAGCGAAUUUGAAGAGGAUGAGACUCUUAGACUUUUGCCUAAGUGUAGCCACGCUUUUCAUCUCCCCUGUAUCGACACUUGGCUUCAAUCCCACACGAACUGCCCCAUGUGCCGCGCUCCAGUGGUAGCUCAAUCCACCGCCGUGACCCCACCGCCGCCGCCGCCUCCGCCUCCUCUGGUCACAUCUGAAGAAACCCAGAUGAUGGAUUUACAGAGGGAAGUGGAAAAUGGAUCCAAUUCCGGCGAAUCUUCUCUAAGAAACGAAGAACAAGAAGAACAAGAUGAAAUUCAGGCAGUGAGAAGAUCAGUUUCUUUAGAUUCAUUAUCAGCUCUUCGAAUCAUCUCUGAUCUUGCUGAAAUUGGUAUGAGAAAUGGGAAUGAUUUGAAGAAGAAAUCAUGCCAAGAGAGAGUGAAUUCUUCAGCUGCUAUGAACAGGUCAGUUUCUUGCAGUGGCGAAUUUGUGAUGAGAAAUUCGACACAGAGUAGUAGUUGAACUCUGUUUCUUGUUCUUGUUCUUGUUUGGUUUUUGGUCUCUGAAGAUGGAGAUAUGUCUAAAGAAACUCUCAGGAAGCUGAGAAAACACACGAUUUGAAAAGAUUAAUGAUUAUACGAUGUUGGAAACAUGUUUUUUCCUUUUGUUCGUGAAGUUCUUACAUUGGAUGUUUGUACAAAAUACUUUCCAAUGGCUCCAAGUUGAACUCUUCUAAAACCCAAAUGAAUGUUCUUAGAUUAAGAUUAUGU